UGUUUGAAGAAACGGCACGUGCAAAUUGAACGGUCUAAAAGAUAAAAUGCAUCGUUUCCAGGUCAUAAAGGAUUUGAAAUAUCGAUUAAAUCAUACUAGACCUCUGACCCCGCCGUUAAAGGAUGUUGCCUGGAAUUACGGCACUAACACCGACGCCCUGCGCAAAUUUCUAGAUCACUGGUCGAACAAUUAUAAUUUCGAGGAACGUGAGAGAUAUAUAAAUCAGUAUUCACAUUUUAAAACAAAUAUCCAAGGAUUAGAUAUUCACUUCAUCCAUGUGAAACCAAGUACUACAGAGGGAAAACGCGUUUUGCCAUUGUUAAUUGUACAUGGAUGGUCCGGCUCCAUAAUGGAAUUUUACAAGAUCAUUCCAUUCCUGACUUCACCAAAACCCGAGUACGAUUUUAUAUUUGAAGUGGUAGCACCUUCGCUGCCUGGAUUCGGUUUCUCCAGCGCAGCUACAAUACCUGAACUUUCGGCUCUUCACAUGAGUGUGGUUUUGAAGAAUCUCAUGUUGAGGCUUGGUCACGAUAAGUAUUACGUUCAAGGCGGUGAUUGGGGUGCCUCCGUCAUUCACGCUAUGUCAUGUUUAUAUCCGCAACACGUCUUGGGUAUGCAUUCCAACUUGUGCCUAAUACUCAAUAAAUGGAAUUUCCUGAAAUCAGCAUUGCGCCUUUCUUCUUUCUUGCCUUGGGCGAAAACUAAAAAAGCUGUUGGUUUCGAUGGUUUCGGGCUCCUGGCAGAGACUGGAUACUUUCAUAUCCAAGCUACAAAGCCAGAUACAGUUGGGGUCGGUCUAAACGACUCACCUGCUGGUUUGGCAGCGUAUAUCAUCGAGAAAUUUUCAACCGGCACAAAUCCGUCUUACAAAAAGAGGGCAGAUGGUGGAUUUCUGGAGAAGUUUACGUAUGACGAGUUGAUCGAUAACCUGAUGAUUUAUUGGGUAUCGAAUAGCAUUACUACAGCCAUGAGAAUAUACGCUGAACUGUUUACUAAGUCGAACUGGUCCUUGUUGACACUCCUGGAAUCAACGCCGAUAAAGGUUCCCAGCGCUUGCGCGCAGUUUCCCCACGAAAUCAUGGAGCAAAAUCCAAGGGUAUUGAGACAACGAUUUGUGAAUCUUUUGCGCGCUACCAAAAUGCCUCGAGGUGGCCAUUUUGCGGCAUUCGAAGAACCCGAAUUACUCGCAGACGAGAUAUGGAACUCUGUCAACGAGAUGGAGAAGUGGAACAAGAAGCACAGAGAAACAGUCUCAAGGCCGUAACCAAGGGGGGUCCGAGAGGGUCCGGGCUUCCCCCGAAACCUCCUCUGAAAUUCGAUUCCUGUACCUGAGACCAAGACGGAGGGUCUGUUCCUGAUCUCCAAGGUGGAUACUUUCCUCCCGUGAAAGCUACACCUCAUCGACCGGCCAACCCGAGUACCACGCAUCCAUGCAGCUCCAACCUGAGCACUCUGUGGUGACGCACAUACUGGCCUCGUCUUUAAGACUCCUCCCCAAGCUCUGCCUUCUCGAAUCUGACUGUUCGGGACGAAUAAUACACAACAUACCACAUUAACAUUACACCGUGAUAUCCUACACAAAUCACGCACGUCCACCUAUCCGUACACAUCCAAGAAGUAUUCUACUUGUAUAUAAAGCAUGAAUAAACCUAGCGAGAUUUUACCUAA